GCACAUGAAAACCAUUGAAAACUAAAUCCCUCUGCAGUUAAUUGUUCUCUUGACUUCAUCUUAAGCUGUCCAUCUUCCUGUAUUAGUAAGUCUUGGUAUGAAGAAAAACAAGCUGUUUUGGAGAUGCUGUGCUCUCACAUUCCUGUCUUAUCAGCUACAAAAAUAUUUUCUUUGUGCUAUUUCACUAAAAAUGUUUCUGCUGUAAAAGAACUCUAAAACAGGGAUUUCAUUUUUGCAGCAUAGCCCAAUGUUCAUGGUUUGAAAAAAAACAAUUGUUUGGACCCUCUCCAAUUGUUUGGUAUUUCUUGGUGAAAUUUCCUCUGCCAGCCCUGAAACUUACUUUGCUCAUAGUUUCCAGUAUUUCCUGUUAAAAUGUCUCCUUUUUAACUCCUAGAUUUGCCUCAAAGAUUAUUUGACCUUCAUUCAAAAACUUCCUUUUUAGAGCUUGGUGGGCAUUUAUGAGCUGAAAGACCCAGAAAGUGUCUCGGCAAAAGACAACCUAGGAGUCUCCGUGACUUUAUCUGUAUUUAAAUCUGGGUUUUCCUGGUCUGGGCCAAUCCCAUAACUACUCUGUCAUUCUGGUCUCAAAUAUCUGAAAUUAUCCUGCUGAUCUGCACCAUAACUAAGCAACUAUAUUUCUGAGAAGGCAAAACAAUCCAUUGUUUGAACAGAAACCCUGUAUAUAAAUCUAAGCAAUAGAAUGUAACUCCACUGCAGUGAUGCAGGAGAACUUUGAAUAUUUGAGACCUGUAUCCAGGGCCAGCUCUAGACAUUUUGGCGCCCUGGGCAAAGUUAUAUUCUGGUGCCCCUAUGGUUUGGCUUUUCCAAUUUUGUUAGGAAUUUCAGAAAGGUGCCCACUUGUUUAUUUCUUUGAGUUUGAACUUUACACUAACAAUUUUCAGCCCCAGACAAUUUUUUUUUCUUGGACAUUUUCUCCUAAUUUACACAGUAAGUAAUUUUAACUACAUCAGCACCCAUUGUUGUCACAUGGCAACAAUUCUAUGAAAUUAUAUUUAACUCUUGAGUGGGCAUGCUGGCUCAUGGAAUGUGCCAUUACUAUUUUUCACUUUUUAAAAUUUAUUUUCAGCAGUCUUUUCAAUUUUGGUGCCCCCUAAAAUUUGGUGUCCCUAGGCUGGUGCCUACUCGGUCUUAGCCUAGACCUGGCCCUGCCGGGAUCCCAUAGUCUGGGACCAGGAGGAACCAGAUUUAUAUGCAAACUCAGCCACAGAAAGGCCUGGUUCUCCUUGGCCAAGAACCUUUCUUAAUGUUCUGGCUCCUAAAAAAUUCUACUCUAGUCAACACUCUUGAUGCUUCCUGGUGGUGUCCUAUCCCUGUAGUAUCAUGCCUAAUCCCGCUUAGCUUUUGUACUUAGGGGACCUCAGCCAGGGUCUGUCUCCUGCUGAUAUUAUCCCCACUAGUCAGUGCAAACUCCAAAAGUCUACAGACUGAUCACGGGAGGAGACCCAUUAUUUGAUCUUCUCCUUAGCUGAGACCCUUCCUGAGCCUUGCGGCUCCUAAAGAAUUCCUAGUCUAUCCAACAGUCUACCAAUCUAAUCAACAGAGUGCAAUUCCUCAGCAGUGGUGCAGGGAUUUUCCUUCCCAAUCUGGCAUAUGCUCUGGGGAUUUCCCGGUGGUCUCCCAUCCAGCACUAACUAGGUCUGACGUGGCUUGCGUUUGCAGCACAAAAGCGCAGUCGAUCGGAUUGGAGCUGCCCUCUCCUAAACCAAGUCUACCAGAUCCUCUCCUCCUCUGGGUGUUGGAAUCCACAUUCUCCCCUUCCCGCCUGCCAUCCCCGCGUCUUCCCUCUUGGUUACUCGCAAAGCAGAACCCAGCGGGCGCUUUCCCUCCCGGUCAAGCGCCGCGGAGCUUGCCUAGUAACGUAGGCGCGCGUGAUUUGUAUUGGGCGAAUAUUUCCCUGUCGGCCAAUCCAGAUCCUGUCGACGGAAGGUCGAGUUCUUGCUCCCGGAAGGCUGCGCUGGGAUUUUGCGGACAGGCGCUGCACUCCUGGCCUCUCUAGGAAGAAGCCAUUCCUCGUGUUAACCCUUUGGGGCGCCUUCCUGGAAACGAAGCGGUUGCAGGUGGGUUCCCAGGCCCCCCAUGCCGCGGGGAUAGCCCUCGCGCGGAGGGGCCGGGCUCUCCCCUUCCUCUCCAGGCAUGAAACCGGGGUGAGCCCGCAUGAAAAGUGAGGCUGGGGAGCGGGAUGGUGGAGGAAGGAGCCCAGGAAAGGAGAAGCGGGUGCAAGGACGGAGCUUGCCUGGUGCAACUGAGUUGGCUUGCAAACCAUGGUGCCCCGGAUCCCGGGGGCUGGGGAAGCCCUGGAAAAGCGGGAGGGACGGCUGCCUUCCCGCCCUCUCUCGUUGCAUGGUCCUGGUAGAGUUCCUGUGGCGAUACCGAAGUGCCCAAAGGUUGCAGCCUCGGCUUACUCGAAGGGAGAGCAGUUCGAAAGUGACGGAAUAUGCCAGGCAGAAGAUUCUGGAUCUUGAAGGGACAGUGAGCUUCAAUGUACACAGACAAUCCUUCAGGGAUUUCCACUACCAGCAGGCUGAGGGACCUCGAUGGGAUUUUGUCACAGAAUGUUCUGAGAUGAGAGGGGAUUUGUCAGAUUCUUCCCAGGAUCCACUUUUUGGUGGGAGCUCCCAAAAGGAUCCAAUGCAGGGCACAUUGCCAGAGAAUAGACCAAUGUACCAGUUCCUACACUGCGAAACAUCUCUUUUUGAUAGACCAGAAAUCGAAACUAUGUUUCCAGCUCAGGGUCCCAUAUCCUUCAAGGAAGUGGCUGUCUGUUUCACCAAGGAAGAGUGGGAUCUGCUAGAUCCUGAUCAGAAAGCUCUCCAUCAGGAAAUCAUGCUGGAGAUGUCUAGAAAUGUAGCUUUGUUGGGAGAGAAACCAUAUAAAUGCAUGGAAUGUGGAAAGAGUUUCAAUAAUUCAAGUAACCUUAUUUCCCAUAAAAUCAUCCACACAGGACAGAAACCAUAUAAAUGCACAGAAUGUGGAAAGAGCUUCAGUCUGAAUGGUCACCUUACUUCCCAUAAAAGAUCCCACACAGGGGAGAAACCAUUUAAAUGCAUGGAGUGUGGAAAGAGCUUCACUCAUAGUGGCAAUCUUACUUCCCAUAAAAGGAUCCACACAGGGGAGAAACCAUAUCAAUGCAUGGAGUGUGGAAAGUGUUUUAGGAGGAAUGAUAAACUAACUUCCCACAAAAGGAUCCACACAGGGGAGAAACCAUAUCAAUGCACGGAAUGUGGAAAGAGUUUUACCCAAAGGAGUGCACUUGCUUACCAUGAAAGGAUCCACACAGGGGAAAAACCAUAUAAAUGCUUGGAGUGUGGAAAAAGCUUUACUCAGAGCAGCCGACUUACUUCCCAUAAAAAGAUCCACACAGGGGAAAAACAGUAUAAAUGCUUGGAGUGUGGAAAAAGCUUUACUCAAA